AUGGGCGGCCGGGUGGGAGCAGCUCGCUCGCUCGCCCACGUCACGCCGGUGCGGGCUCGACUGACGACCGCGGCGCCUGGGGACGCCGGCGCGCUCUGCUCGCCAGGUGCUCCGCCUGGAAAUGUCUCCAUUAGUUGUCGCCUGCUCCCCGCCGGAGCGCGCGCGCCGAGUGGCUGCGCAGAGCUCUCUCGGGCCGCCGAUAGUGUCCGGGUGCCACCGCAGCGCAUAGGAGCGGGCGGCCCCGGAGCAGUGGCCGCGCCACGCCGGCCCCCACGCACAGGACCCCACCAGCCCGCCUGCCGGCCCCGGGCCGCGCUCGCCAUGUCCUACCCGCAGUUUGGAUACCCCUACUCCUCGGCACCACAGUUCCUGAUGACCACCAACUCGCUGAGCACGUGCUGCGAAUCAGGUGGCCGCACGCUUGCGGACUCCGGGCCUGCCGCCUCGGCCCAAGCACCAGUUUACUGCCCGGUCUACGAGAGCCGGCUGCUGGCCACUGCGCGACACGAGCUCAACUCGGCCGCCGCGCUGGGCGUCUAUGGGGGCCCCUAUGGCGGCUCACAGGGCUACGGCAACUACGUGACCUAUGGCUCCGAGGCCUCCGCCUUUUACUCGCUGAACAGCUUCGACUCCAAGGACGCCCCUGGAUCUGCGCAUGCGGGCCUCGCGCCGGCCGCCGCCGCCGCCGCCGCCGCCUACUACCCGUACGAGCCGGCACUGGGCCAGUACGCUUAUGACAGAUACGGCACCAUGGACAGCGGCACGCGGCGCAAGAACGCCACGCGGGAGACCACCAGCACGCUCAAGGCCUGGCUGCAGGAGCACCGCAAGAACCCCUACCCCACCAAAGGCGAGAAGAUCAUGCUGGCCAUCAUCACCAAGAUGACCCUCACGCAGGUCUCCACCUGGUUCGCCAAUGCGCGCCGGCGCCUCAAGAAGGAGAACAAGAUGACUUGGCCUCCCAGGAACAAGUGUGCGGAUGAGAAGCGGCCCUAUGGAGAGGGUGAGGAGGAAGAGGGGGCUGAAGAGGAUGCCCGAGAAGAGCCUGUCAAGAGCACCAAGAACGAAGAACCCAUAGGCAAAGAAGAGAAGGAUCUUGAGCUCAGCGACUUGGAGGACUUCGACCCACUGGAGGCGGAGCCCCCAGAUUGUGAGCUGAAACCUCCCUUCCAGCCCCUGGACGGUGGUCUGGAACGCAUCUCCACUGCACCUGACGGUCCCAGUGCCCCUGCAAAAGAGGCCUCGAGCACCCACCGGAUGUCCCUGACCGCCGAUGGCCGGGCUGUCCUGGACCAGGACCUGGAAAGGGCCCGGAGCUGCCUCCGAAGCGUGGUGGCAGGGCCGGAGCAGCAGCCGGUUGCGGGGGGCGGCCCGCAGGCCUGCGAGGCCAAGCUGGGCUUUGUGCAGGCUGGGACAACGGCGGGCCUCGAGGUCAAGCCUCGCAUCUGGUCCUUGGCACACACAGCUACCGCAGCCGCCGCCACCAGCCUGAGCCAGACUGAAUUUCCUUCGUGCAUGCUCAAGCGCCAAGGCCCCACUGCCUCUGCCGCCAUCUCCUUGGCGCCACCCUCCUCCUCACCUGCUGCCCCGGCUGCUGCUGGUGCCCUAGACAGGCACCAGGACUCCCCGGUAACUAGUCUCAGAAACUGGGUGGAUGGGGUCUUUCACGACCCCGUCCUCAGGCACAGCACUUUGAACCAGGCCUGGGCCACCGCCAAAGGUGCCCUCCUGGACCCAGGGCCACUGGGCCGCUCUCUAGGGGCCGGUGCCAAUGUGCUGACGUCGCCCCUGGCGCGCACCUUCCCACCCACCGCGCCCCACGAUGCCCCUGCUGCCAGCACCGCGAAGGAGUUGCUGGCUGUGCCCAAGGCCAGCGGGAAGCCCUUCUGCGCUUAA